AUGAUGAGUCCAGGUAAUGCAACACUUAAAUUUCGUGAUAGUUUCAACAUAGCAACGAAAGAUAUAUUAAGAUGGUUCCCUGGACAUAUGGGUAAAGGAAUAAAACAAAUGCAAAAGCAGCUGAAAAAUAUAGACUGUCUUAUUGAAGUUCAUGAUGCAAGAGUUCCAAUUUCUGGACAUUAUGCAGAUUUCACCAAUACAUUAAGUGGAAUAAAACCACAUAUUUUUGUAUUAAACAAAAUGGAUUUAACUAAUAUGAAAUUUAAGAAUUCUAUAAUAGAGACUUUAAAUCAGAAAGGAUUAUCUAAUAUAUUGUUUACUAAUUUUAAAGAUGAAAAAUGCAAAGGUGCUGCAAAAUUGUUACCUUUGGCACAAAAAUUAAUUAAGGAAUCAAAUCGCUAUAAUAGAUCACAAGAAUCCUCAUUUCAAAUAAUGAUUAUUGGCGUUCCUAAUGUAGGAAAAUCAUCACUUAUUAAUCGUUUGAGAAACAAUAUUCUUCAUAAGAGUAGUGCUGCCCAUGUUGGUGCUAUUGCUGGUAUUACACGAUCUGUUUCAACACGAAUAAAAGUGUCAGAAAAUCCAGACAUUUACAUUUUAGAUACACCUGGAAUUUUAGCUCCCAGAGUAGAUGAUGUACACACAGGUUUAAAAUUGGCAUUAAUUGGUUGCAUGCAAGAUCAUUUAGUAGGACCAGAAAUGCUGGCAGAUUUUUUAUUAUUUUGGCUAAACAAACAAAAGCGAUUUGAAUAUGUAGAAAAAUUAGAAUUAACAGAACCACAUGAUAGUAUAUCACAUGUUCUUGUAUAUAUUGCAGCAAAAUUUAAAAAAACUUUAAGAGUAAAGAAUUACGACGGUAAAAUGAUUAUAAAACCAGAUUUAAGAUUUGCAGCAGAAUAUUUUCUUUCUUUGUUUAGAAAAGGACAAUUAGGAUAUUAUUGUUUAGAUGAAGAUUUAUUGCCAACAAGACGGAAAUAAAAUAUAAAAUACAUAAUUGCAAAAGUGUUAAAUUUUUGUUAAAUAUUUCAAAAUAUACCAAAAAUAUCAAAUAUAUACAUGUAUGUAUUAAUACAAUAGAGUCUCAAUAGAUCGCAAUUUGUACAUACGAUAAAUAUAAAUAAUUUUUUAAAUUUCUAUAAUCUUAUAUAGAUAACAUUUAGCAAAAUUGC